CGCGGUUCGUCACGUUACGCCGGGGCCCAGCUCUCCGCGCGGCGGGCCCCGAAGCGGCGCUGGGGCGGCACAGGGUAUCAAAGUUAGGCUUACUGGUCUAUAAUUCCUGGGAUCCUCUUCCCCCUUUUAAAAGAUUGGCAAAGGACAAACAUAAGUACCCGUCCUCCAUGAGUUCUUGAAGCUUCAAGAAACUAAUUGACACACACAUCAAAAGAUGGCUAGAUCUAGAUCUAGAUCAAGAUCACCAAGGUGGAAACACAGGUCCUUAUCACCUGCAUUUAGGAGCCCAGAACACCAGAGACAAAGACACGCUCAUAUUAAUUAUGACUGUGAAUAUAAGGGAUUUAGGAAGGACCUAAAGAAACCUAUGUCUUGGAGAGUGGAAGAUGGGAAAUACGGACAAAGCAAUUCUAGAUUUGCACCACAUGGGAAUCUCCACCACAGAAUUUAUGAACAUAGAUCAUCUUCGCCAAAUGUAAAAAGAACUCCUUUAGAGGAUACAUAUAGUCAUAAACCCUAUAGAACACAUUCAUCAGAAAGGGGUGAAGGCAACAGGAGAUAUCAAUUUCCACCCAAAUACUCAGAAGUAUCCUACAAAGAACACGAUCAGCCUUUUUACUCACACAAAAUGCAAGAAAGAUAUAUGCCUGAGGACUUCAGAGUCACUGGAGAUGAAAAAGGAAUGAAACCUUUUCAUAGACCAUUAGGGGCUUCAUGUAAAUUUGAAAGAAAAUGGCAUGAAGAUGAAAUGAGGCACCAGAAGUUUCAGGAAGACAAAUAUGGUCAGUCGCUCCGAAGAGCUUCUGAAGAAUUUCCGACAAGGAGCUCUUUGCAGAAGAGGUAUCCUGAAGAUCGUGAUUACAGAGAACAUGGGCACACAUCUAAAAGGGCUAAAGAAAUUGAGAGAGAUGACGAUGGAGAAAUAGCAAGAAAUCACAAAUGGAAGCAAGAUCGUUCUUUUCCACCCUACCAAAAAAAGGAGGAGCAAAGAAACAUUGGUCCCCAAGCUCAUCGGUCUGCUGAAAGGGAGUACACAAAGAGUUCUGUUACGAAGAUAGCAUAUGACUAUAAUUACAAACAUCAUAGACACCUAGAUGGGACAAAAUCUUUUUCUGAUGAUAGAGCUCAGAAGUAUGUAAAGCAGGAAGACCAAAAAUAUAAUUCUCCUAAGGGUGCUCUGAAUAGCAAAGAGUUAGAUUAUUGUAGUGGUGGAAGAGUAAGACAGACUGAAGAAGGGCAUAAUGAAGUGCCCAUUAAAUAUAGUUCAGAGAAGGGCUGCAAUGCAUGUGCCAACUCUUACAAAAAUGAUGUUGAUCUGAGACCCUUUAAUAACACAAAGAAGGAAAGAGUAAGGAAUGAAGGGGAUUUCAGAAAAAAAAUAGAUUCUUCUAAUAGCCAUCAUGACACAAGUCAUACAGUUUCAGAUGUGAAAAUGUCAGAUGUCACUCCUAGGAAGGAGCUGCUCACAAUCAAAGUGGAUAUGAAGAAAAUGAUGAACAAGUACAGGACUGGUUCUAGCCAUACUAUGGAGCGGCAGAUGUCACAUGAUCUGGUCGCUGUUGGCAGGAAAAAUGAAAAUUUUCAUCCAGUGUUUGAACACAUGGAAUCUGUAACACAAAAUGUUGAGAACAAUCCAUCAAAAGAAUUUACUCAGGAAAUCAUAACAAUUAUCCAUCAAGUUAAAGCAAAUUAUUUUACAUCUUCUGACCUAACUCUAAAUGAACGCUUCUCAAAAAUUCAGGAUAAACCAGUUGUAAAUUUAAAUGAAGUUAAAAUAUAUUCAGAUCCAGAAAUUCACAGGAGAAUUGAUAUAUCUUUGGCAGAACUUCAGAAUAAACUAGCUAUGCCAUGUGACUCUGGACAGACUGUUGUGAGAGUUCUAGAAGAUCCAAAUGAUCUACGGCAUGAUAUAGAGAGGAGGAGAAAAGAGAGGCUGCAGAAUGAAGAUGAGAGAGUGUUUCACAUAGACAGUGUAAUUCAAAGGAAUGAGCACAAUGGUAGCUUUUUAAAAUUACAGAACUCUCAAAUUGAUGGAUUCCAAAAACCUAUAAGAUUCCUAAAACCACCUUUCAGGAAAUUUAUUAGGAAACCUCACAUGAAUUCUUAUUAUGUUGCAAAAACAAAUGACAUCUUUACUCACAGACCAUUUGGAGGACACCUGGAAAAUCCAAGACCCUUCAGAAGACCCUUUAAGAACAACUUUACAGAUGGUCGAUUGCAACACAGUUAUAAAUCAGGCUUAGUACAGAAGGGUUUAUAUAUUCAGGCUAAGUACCAGCGGCUACGUUCUGCUGGUGUAAGGGGAUUUACCACUUAUAAAUUCAGAGAAGGAUUUUUGAGGAAAGAAAAGGAACAGUCAGGCAUUGCCACAGAAACCUGAACUGUGAUAAGUGGAGACAUACAAUAACACGGCAAAGGAGCAUCGGUUUGUUUUUUGACAACUUUGUCAGGAAUUAAAAUGGGAGAAAUGAACUAACACUGUAACUGUCUCGAUAAAAUAACUGUUUUUUCAGUAGUAGCAUGCUGCAGAACUUUUUUACGGUUUUAAUAAUUGCUUUUAAAUUACAGUAUUCAAUUGAAAAGUUUAAAAUGGUACCUUUGGUUCUUUUUGCAAACAAGUCCCAAAAAAGAAAAAUUGAAGGGAGUCUUAUUUAUUGAAUACUUUUUCUCUAAGCAUGAUUUUUAUGAAUAGAACUUGAGUUGUUAUACACAGAGGUUUAUAUGUUGAAAAGUUUAUUGCUUACAUAAUAAAAAAAAGGGAAAAAAGUGCCUGAAUUGUUCAGUGAUAGAAUAUUAGCUCAGGACUCUCCAAACAAUGAUUUCUUAGGUUGUGCAAUAGAGUUUACAGCUCUUUUGAGUCAUUUCCCUAGAACAAUCUUUUGUAUUUAUUUUUGCCUUAUAUUUAGUUGGGUUUUUGACUUAAAUAUAUAUAUAAAUUUGUAAAUAAAUUGUUAGAAAAAUUGUAACAAUUUCCAACAUUUUCUAAAGAUGUGUAAUAAUGGGUAGGUAUGUCAUCUGUUACAUAGCAGUAACUUAUAACUGCACUGAGAUGCUUGGGUUACUUAGAGGACUGGUUGACCUGUAUGCAGAAAUAUUCUGGCUCAUCGCUUUUUUCCAUAUAUAUCAUUUCUUGAUUAAGCAACACAUUGUCUUAUCUUCUGCUACAAGUAACUUAGGGACUUACUUGAUUCUAAAAGUGGGCUUAAAGAUAUGUAAAAAAUUAGAUAAGAGGAGCAUAUUCUCUAACAAAACUGUUUAUAACAAACUAUUUAAGGCAAAAAGCUUGUAAUUUUUUUAUUAAAAUCCCAAUCAUUCUCCAUAGUUUACCACCCCUCAAUAUCGUUAUGCUUUAUGCAAAAAUCAAGCAGGCUGAUGUACAUAAUAUAAUGCUCAGGCCUAAGCAAUACUGUAUUGUGUUCAUUUCCCAUUUAUAGUUUGAGCCUUAAUGUAGCUAUGAUGGGGCUGUUUGUGUUAAAGAUUUGUUUCAGACUUCUUAAUACAAGUACGCUAAAGGUAUAUAACAAGUAACUUUUCCAGGGAAAACUUUCUAAUUAAUUUUAAGAAGAAAGUUAUUGUCAUCCAAUCUUGCGCAUUUUAGUAAUCUCCAACGUGAUAGUAGCCAUAAAAGUACACAUUAGAAUCUCAUUUAUGGAAUGUAUUCAGAAAACUGGCACAUUCAAUAGGCAUGUGAAAAUACAAAGGAAAACACUCAAUUUUUGGGAAGAUCAAGCUAUAAACAAUAUAUACUGCAUGAUUUUCCAGAGUACCUUUAAUAAUAGGAGUAUUUGACUUAUUGAAACUCCUAAGCCGUGGUUCAAGGGACUAUAAAAUUUUAAUACACUGAAAUCUGCCUAAAAACUUUGACAUACACUUUGAUACACAGUUUAGUCCUCAUGUAGGAUAAUAUUCAGUACUUACUAGUAUAACUGUGAUUCAACAACAGAGACACAUGUCGUCAUCUGUGAAUGUUUCCAAAAGCUAAAUACAGGACUUAGGUGGUAAUGUAAAUACACUGCUCUGUUCAAAAAUUAAACUAGUUUUUUCAGUAACUUACGGUGUGCAUAAGCCAAACAGAAAGCUGUGUUAGAAGAAAGGUUUUCUUUUUCAAACCAAUACAACUAACAAUGUACAGGUAGCAGUAAAUAUUUUAAAUAUUAGACUGCAUAAAGUGACCCUGUCCAAAUCUAGGCCCAAUUUGUGCUCAAACUGUCCAACAGGAAUGCUGCUUCUGAAUGUGGAGAAAUAUCUUUAAACAACCGUACACACAAUAGAACGUAAACUGUUGAAGCUGCAUUGCUUUAUGGGGCAAUACACUGUUGUACUAUUUCUGAAACAUUUUCAUUGUUUUCACAAAAGUCCUGCAGAAGAAUUACAUUUUGAGCCAAGUAGGAAAAAAUGGGUACAUGAGACAACUCCUCCAUAUCUGAUAAGGGAAUUUGAUACCAUUGUGUGGGACUAUAUAGUAUUGGUGUAGUCAGAGAUCAAAGUUAAUAAUUUUAUGCAAAAAUUCCAACAUUAGAAGUAUAAAUGACUUCCCCAACUGACUAGUAUGUUUUGCUGAUUCUACCUAUGACACUGGGUAGCUUUAAUUUCUUUUGUACUUCAGUUAUAUCUUGUUCUGUGCACGGUUUUAAAAGACUGAUGACCACUGAUGGUAACACAUUGCAAAUGGCACAUAUUUUAGACUGUAGCCAUUGUAAUUUUAUAAACUUUUCUAAUAGGGGGUGUCAAACACUACUCAUUCAGUCAUUUGUACUUUGACAUGCUUUUCUUAAGAGCUCACCACUUUAACAAAUUAUUUUUUACUAAUAAUUUAGCAAUGCUAAUUCAAGAUUCCUCGACUGCAUUAAUUUAAUAAAUUGGGUGUAUAGCUAUUUUAGCUUACAGGAAUUUACUUGAAUUUGAGGUCUUUUUAAAACAGCCUGAGUUACUACUACAUGCUGUUAUCCAGCAUGAUAUCUACAUUGAAGAGCAGCUGCUGUCCUGCUAAUUGGGGGAAUGUUGUAGAGAUGACUCCCUCCACAUUGUGCAAAGACUUCAUUACAUAUUGUGUGAUAGCGUAUCUUUAUACACAAAUGUACACACACACAAUUGGCUCACUUAGCACUGCACACUUAACUGAUUUCUGUGUUAGAUGAAUACUAUACAGUGAUGUACCUGCUGAGAAUAAUAGACUGAAAUACCAAAAGGCAGCCCAGAAAUAGAGGAAGGUGGAAGGAGGAAGUUAGUGAGAGUUGUAAGAAAAAUGAGAUCAUAACAUUAUUCUGUGCCUUUCUGUAAUGUACUGCAUUAAGGAAAAUAACCUCUUGCUGUACAAAAACAAAAUGUCAUUUUCAAAAUCAGUUUGAUGGAAAUGUGGGCAGGAGACAUUUGUGGAUUACAAUAGCCACUUUGUUUCACUAUGCAAGUAAUUCUCAGCCUCCAUAUUGUAGCUUAACUAAAAGGAGGCAUAGGUAUGUCCUUUUAUUGGCAAAGCCAAUUGACACUAGUAUUGUGAAGUGUUAGCUGUUGAAUAUGUAAUUAUGUCUGACAGCCAUUCUUUUUAGUUUUCUUUUUAAAAUUUGUGUAGAUCUUUAUUGUUAAAUUGCUUUCAGUCAUCUCGAAAUGACUGUACUAGAAUGAUGCUUGUCAUAUUCCCAAUAGCAUUUUAUAAAUUUUAUAAAUUGAAAUGUUUAAAUUAUUCUUCACCACUAUCCAAAAAUGCAGUGGUUUAAUACGAUCAAAGUUCCAUUUUUAAGUGUGUAAUUGCUUUGACAUAUACAUCUGACAUUGCAUGGCUAGAACCCUAAUUUAAUCUUUCGGGUGUUUUUUGCUUUGAUGAUCAGACUCAAAGUUAAGAAAAUUGUGGGAGUUACUGGAAAACUAGAGAGCUAACACACUAGUAGAGCUCUGCCUUACCCUCUUUGGUUUGCUUAAUUUUUAACAACUUUUUCAAAAUUCAACAAUUUACCUUAGGACUUAGUUAUAUCCAGGUUUUGAGACAAGAAGACUACCUCAGUGCAGAUGACUGAUUUCUUUGGGGAUUCACCUGAAGGCCCAGUCUGGACACUAACUCACUAUACCUAGGUGCCAUCCUCUCUUCCACGGCAUCUGGAUGAAACAGACAUUCAGCUUCCGGUGUCUGAGCUUAGAGUUGCACAGAUAAUCAAAAGGUUGAAGGUCUGUGAAACUUGAUAGAAAAGGAAGGCUUUUCAGUCCAUGGAAAAAUGCAUCUCCAUCUUGACUCAGACAUGAUGGACAGAGUGAGAGGGGCUUCAGUGAAGUGAUUAAGAUACUGGUGGUAAGUGAUAAGGAAGACUUGGAAAAUACACUUGUCUCUUCCGUAUUCACCUCAGAGGACGGAGAGAGCAUACAAUCCUUACUAAACUUUGCUUUACCUGCUGGAAGAAUCUGCUUUCCCAAGGUCUUUAGAAACAGGACACACAGUUUGCCUCUGUUUAAACUGGUGUUAGUGCCAUCCUUGCCAAGUUGUCUAUAUUUCUUGGUUAAAGGGAAAAUCUUAAAAUUUGUACACCACCUAGUGCAGCAAAAAUCUGCAAAAACUUAGUGCCUAGAUAUAUGCACAGAUCUCUUGCCUAUGACAUGACUUUAUUCCACUGGUGCAGGUUAGGAAGAUACUUGGUGCUUCAGCAUCCCUGCAAAGAAAAGUACCAUAAAUAUAAUUUUAAAAUAGCAACUGCAAGAACUAUGAAUGCUUACCUACAACCCUCUAACUCUUCAUUAGACUUCCAGGAGUCAGUUAAAUGUUGACCACUGUCCUAUCUCAGUCUUGGCUAAGAGAAAAAUUCAGUGAUAAGGAGUUGACAUAACUACUCUUAUAACAAAGUCCUUAGCCUGUUUCUUGAGUAAAUACUUAGGCAUGUGAUUUAGCACAGCCUUGUGCCUCCCUACUUUCUUCAUAUACUUCCCCCCCCACACACACACUAUACUAGCUGUUGCUCUGAAUCUGGUCUGAGUCAUUUAAAUCUCAUAGUCUUGAAAUGUUGGUGUAAUAUUCUGUAAAUAAUUUAGUUGCUAAUCUUAUUUUGUGACUGGUUUCUUUUUCUCGUGACUGUUUUUAUUCUAGUUAAUGAGUUUGAUGAAGGGCCCUCCCAGUGAGUUGCUGAUUAAGUAAACAGUCCUUGGAACAACAAAAGCUUCUUUCCUUUGUUUAGAUAUUAUCAACAAUUUUCCAUCCAGCAGGGAUGUGGCUAGCUGUACAUUGUUAAGAAAUACAUUUAAAGUAGAUCCCAUCUAUACUGCAGCUCCUCUCCAUUAAACCUUUUAAAGUGUUUUUUUAAGUUUAACAUGAUUGUUUCUGCUGGUGUGGAUGGGGAAUAGUAUUUUUUUUUUAAAUCUUCACUAUUAAGAGUAAAACUGUCUUAAGUGUGACUUAGUCUCCCAAUUCACUAUAAUUACUCUAUGUUUAAUAGUUUCCUGAUCAACAACCUAUAUAUUGACAUUCAAGUAUGCUUAUGUUUGACUAUGUACAGAUACAAUGUUCCUACAAACUCUAAAUAGAUGUUUUAACAAAUAUAAUUUUUUAGAGUUGCAAAUUGUUUUAAUGAGUUGUUUUAGCAGGAGGAAUUGAUAUCAUGUGUAGUUAUUGAAGUAGUGUCCAGUUUUCCUUAGAAAAAAUUCUGCUAGAUUCUUUCUGCAAAAAUGUAGUCCAUAAAAAUAUUUGUGU